ACUUCCACACAUAACGGUCGCCAGUUUUUCCGGAGUUUUCCGACCCAGCUUAUCGUGUCGCGAGUCUCAUUUUCCGUAGCCCUCUUAUCAGCGCAAAAAAGGCUUCGCGUGGAAAUGCCGUCGGUGGAAAUGCAGCUGGCAUAAUUCGUUGCCUACUUCAGGGCGCUGCAACAUAUCAACUGGAAUUUUCCGGACAGCUCAUUUAUCAGGAUUAGGAUCCCAGCCCGCACACCUGCAAUCAUGUUUUGGAUUUUACGGCGCACCGGAGCCGCCAACUUUUUCAACUCCUUCAACAACAACUGCAGCUUUUCCAAGAGCAACUCGAACGGCGGUAAUCACAGCAACAGCACACAAGACAAAUAUGUGAAGCGGCCCCCACGGAAGGCAUAUGGACGCCUGAGUGCCGAGGCCGAUGAUGCCGUGUCUCUCGGCCACAAAAUCGAUGAUCCGUUCGAUGAGCUAGACGACUUUGAAAUGCUGGCAGCGCACUCCGGCACAGCUGGCUGUAGCGGCCAUGCCAACAACGAGCCGCCAGGUGAAGCCAAUGGCAACGUCAGUGUCAACGGCGGUUCAGGUUCAGGAUCGGGCCCGGGAUCUGGAUGCCGGGGCGGAGGAUUGGGGAGCGGCAAUGGCAACGGGAACGGGAGCCUGUCGCCCUGCACGGAUGCCGAUUGCCAGGGCAACUACGAGGUGGAGAGCGCCCUCUGCCAACUGGGCCUGUGCCAGGCGAAGGGGAAGACUUCAAAGGACCUCGGUGCAGGGAGCACGUCAACAUCGAAGGAGAUUAACGAAAACACAAUAAGUCGACUGCAUGCACUGGCCAUGGCCGACGAUGAUGAUGACUACGACGAGUCACUUACCUGCAACGUGUGCGACCGGGCUUUCCAUUGUCACCGUCAGCUGGCCUCGCACCAGCAGAAGAAGCGACACUUCGGUUGCAGUGGCUGCGACAGCCUGUUUCCCUCGCUAAUGCUGCUGGAGCACCACAAAGAGGAGUUCGAGCACUGGAGCGACGAGGAGAUGGGUCGGCGGGUCUGCUGCCGGCGGAACAGGUGCGAUGACGACUAUUUCACGGACACCGACUCCUUCAUCAGCGACGCGGAGAGCGAGGAUCUGGAGAGGCUGUUGUAGAUACCGGACACCGGACCGAAGGAUGGGAAAGUGACUGAAGGGAUGGCGAGCGCGGGGGGCAGGACCGGAUUCGAACCGACCCAGCCGAAAAGUAGCCAGCCGUCCAUCCCCAUUAAUGCUGGGCGGAAUGUCCUGCGGCGCCGGCUGGAAUGGAGGGACUUUUUCGGGAGGACAACGGACUGGGGAACUGGGACUUGGGUGCUCCGCUUCUGAUGAAGAUUGACACGCGGGGCGGACCGCUUGUCGCCCUAAUGAAAAUGAAUUAAACCCCAAUCUGGCUGAACGCAAAGCCGCCAGCCAAACAAUGAGAAAUGUUGGCUAAAACCCAACCCAACCAAAAACCAAAAAGGGAAAAACAAAAUAGAGACGCCAGCGCAAGAUUUAAAAUACUUGCGACUGUACGUUGUCUGUACUUUUAGAGUUCAACUACGAGAGACCCUCGUUGGGGGUCUAAAAACCAAGUUAUAAGUAUAUAUAUAAAUGUAAAUGUAUAUCUCUGUGUGUGUAUAUUGAGCUAGUCGAAUACGAAACUCCAUAAAUGGAAGUCAUAUCAUUAUAUGCAUAUGUGCAGGCCCCAGAACAAAUGCAAAACUAUUUACCAGAAAAUGAAACCCAAUGGAAACCCAAUGUAUUUUUCAAUAAAUAAAGCCGUGCGAAACCGAAA